ACCCAGUAGUUCUUGAUUUCCCCUACAGUAGUACCUAGCAGGCGCUAUCAUCCCAGUACCCAGUACGCUGUCUUCCCCUGUGGACGACAUCGAAGCAUCACAGGUGACUGUAAUGCAUGGUGGCUGGACGCCCCAAGUUGGGCCGCGGACUCGCCUCCACAAACCCCUGUGCCCGAGAUCACCAGCCACCAUGAGAACCAUGGACUUGCUGGCAGCCAAGGGACUCGAGGUUAGGUGCGGUGGAGGAGCAGGAUCCUGGAGACUCCGGAGACACGACAACCUGAGGAAGCCCACCACGCAGGUGAUGGUGGGUUCUGGCGGCAACGGAAAGACGCGGACGCCAAUGCACGGGGCCGCUGAGGGUCGGAAAAAAAACGUGGCAAGGGAGACUAGGGACGAAGCAGAGGGAAGGGUAACGACCGAAAUGGAAGGUCCUUUAAUGAACUAGAGAGAAUAAUCAGUCACUUGGCACGCCCCCAAUGUCACAAUUGUAACACCACG